AUGAUUUUUUUUGAUAAUCUCUUUUGGAUUGGCUGGAAGGCACCAGUUGUUAUGUUCAACCCCUUAAACAAUGGUUUGAGAAUGCAAAUAUGUAUUCUCUAUGUUCCUAAGAGAAUUAGCAAAUCCAAUUGUUCAAUUGAGUUACAUGUUUGCUUGUCUGAGAAACAUAAAUGUAGCAGCCGUAGAGUUUUGUAUAAAUUGAGAGUUGUUUUUGGUCUCAGGAUUCCUCACAAGACCAAACGUGGUGCUGCUGCGCUUGCUCGCUUGAAGAUCUAUGAGGGAGUCUCAGCUCCAUAUGACAAGGUUAAGAGGAUGGUUAUACUUGAUACUCUCAAGGGUCUUGUUUGGUUUAUACUUGAUGCUCUCAAGUGA